GCGAAAGUUCAACAUGUCUGCUACAAGACGAGAAGAAGAGAUCGUGGUCCAUCCGAUAAUUUCACAGUUUUUUGCAGUUGUGCCUCUUCGAAACUUCACAUGGAAGUGUGGUGUGGCUGCAAUAGGAUUUCAACCAGAAGAACAGAAAGAAAUCAUUGAUAAGACUGUUUGUAGUGAUCUUUGUCAACGAUAUCCUCCUACAUUGUCAUAUCAGAAAAAAUUUAUGAAGGCCAUCAUGCAACAGUGUGAAGAAACUGGUGUUGAAAUUUAUGAAGGAAUCUAUGAACUAUAUGCGAAAAUGGUCAGCAAGACAAACGAACAAGAGAAGUGUUAUAAGUCCUAUAUCUUGCCAAGCAAAAAGGUAAUAACAUUACAAGAAUCAAAUGAAUUAGUAUCACUUGGUACUACAGGACUGCAUACGUGGCCUGCAUCUCAGUAUCUAGCAGAAUGGUUGAUACAAAACCAUCACAUCAUCCAGCAAAAAAAAGUUGUUGAGCUUGGUAGUGGGUGUGGCCUUCUAGGACUUGUCACGCUAAAUGAAUGUCAUCCAAAGCAUUACUACUUCUCAGAUUGUCAUCAAAAUGUUCUUCAUACACUUGUAGACAAUGUGAAGAUUAAUUGUAGUACACAAUGUAACACUGGUAGCACAGUAUGUCAUAAUUUACAGGACAGACAAAACCAUUGUGAAUGCUCAGAAACAGACACUGAUGUGGACAGACAAGCAGAUGAACUAACAGUGUGUGAAUGUAACCAGUCAUGUGAAGUUCAUAAAACUUAUGACAACAUGGAAUAUUCCUGUGUUUUUCAUUGUGGUACUGUUUCUGUGCUGCGCUUUGAUUGGGAAGAUGUUGAUUCAGCUAAUCAUUUGCAGAAUAUUGAUGUUGAUAUCAUCAUAGCAGCAGAUGUUGUAUUUGAUCCUUGCAUUGUGACACAUCUUGUGAGUGUACUAAGCAAACUACUGACACCACCAAGACAUGACUGUAUGGCUGGUACUGUUGCAUAUGUUGCAUCAACCAUCAGAAAUGAACAAACUUUUCAGUUCUUCUUAUCUUCUCUUGAAGCACAGCUGAUUACUGUUACAGUAAUUGAAGCAGAACCCAACACACAUGUUUUUUACUAUGAUAAAAGUUGUGUAAUAAAGUUACUCAAGCUGUCCAAGUCGUCACAAGUUUCGGAACAUCUCAUCUGAUCAAGUUCUACUUGGCUUUUUAUUUGAACCAGCCAGAUUAUGC